CAAAUUUCUCCAAUUCUCGUGCUUCGAUAGAUUAAACAAAAAUCUCUUCUUUUUUCUUUCUAAUACAUGUUUCUUCUUCUCGAGAAAGCUCUACGAAUGCCUAACGAGAAUAUCGCCGAUGUCGAGACCGUGAAGCCGAUGAUCCAUGUUGUAGACAUUGAAGCCACUCUUUUGCGGUUUUGCCCUUACCUAGUGAAGCCUAUCCGUGAGAUUGAUCAAAGGAAAGCAUCUCUGUUCGUGACACAGUUUGAGAACGAUUUCAGAACGGCGAAGACAACAAAGAGAUUUCGGGUCAGUGAAAGGUUUGGGAUUUCGAUGGCUCAGACCACUACGAGUCCCGGAGUGCGCCCAGGACAUGAAGAGGCCAAUGUUAUUGCCUAUCCUACUUCAACUGCUGAAUCUCCUGGGACAGACAUUGAGUUGAUCCAACAUGGUGAGAAGCAUUCUUUCAGGGCAUGUGGUGGAGCAACAGCAGAAACAGCCGAAAUCAUCGAUGAAACAACAGAAGCUUCAUCUUCAGCAGAAAUCUUCGAUGUUGAUAAAAUUAUCGAUGUCGAUGAAAUCAUCUAUCUUGAUGACGAAUGAUGGAACUCCAGUAAAAAUCAUUUAUCAGU